UAAUUAGCUAGACUAUUUCGUAAUUAUCGCCUAUCCUCUAUUAUCGUUAAGUAAAUUAAUAUUUGGCCUAUAGACAUGUCUGAACACCAAAAUUUAUCCUCAGUAAUAAAAGAAACGCAUGCAAAAUUGAGAAAAAUGUUUAAUGAAAAAGAUAGUAAAAGUCAUGAACUAUUGUGGGCUGAACACUGCUCAAAAGAAGAAGUGCUUAAUGAAUACGCAACCGCUAUGAAAGACUUGGCUACUAAGCAUUGGUCAAAGUCACCGUAUACGCGUAUUAAUUGGUGUAUUGACAAAAUGAAAGAGUACUUUUUUGAAGGUGGCCUUGAGAAACUGCGAAUGAAAGAUGAGAGAAGAUUAAAACAUCACGGCAUGACCCAAGACAAUGAAAAUAUCCUUAUAGAAAAUUGCUUGAAACUACCACUGGAAGAAAAAGUACGGUUACUGGAUGUCGGAAGUUGCUAUAAUCCAUUUGAGAGUUACAAUUUUGUUAACUGCCUCCCAAUAGACCUAUGCCCAGCAUCGCCGACAGUACGACGUUGUGAUUUCCUUCAAGUUCCAAUUUCUGAAGGAUUAACUGAAUAUGAGGAUACUAUAAGUUGUUUAUGCAAAGAGAAUUUCGACGUCGUGGUAUUUUCAUUACUUUUAGAAUAUUUUCCAAGUUCCGAACAGCGUCACAUUUGCUGCGAAAAAGCAUACGAAGUAUUAAAAGGAGAUGGCUUAUUGGUUAUUAUUACUCCCGAUUCAAGCCAUCAGAAUAAGAAUAUGAAUAUGAUAAAAUCUUGGAAAUUAGCUAUGGAAAAUCUAGGAUUCACUAGAUGGCGUUAUGAAAAAUUGCAACAUUUGCAUUGUAUGGCUUAUCGUAAAUUUGGGAAGAAACGAGUCUUCUCAGAUAAUUACAAACUCUUGUUUAUUCCUCAAGAUUCCAGAAAAGAAGAACUUUCAAACAGUAAACCAAAUUUAUCACUGGCUAUUUCAACGGGAUAGGAAUUAGACGGCACUUGAUCCCAAACGUCCACCAGACGUCUCCAGCGAACGAAUUUUUUUUGGCUGGUAAAUGAACUUAAUCAAUGAACGACAGACUGUAGAAGAUUUCGGAUGCGUCUGGUAUCGGAACUUCGCUCUAAAACAGAAGUUCGUCGUUCAAAACUACGAUGGUGCUUAACUCUCCUCCUAGCAGUAAUAGUUUGCGAGACUAUUAUUGUUCUUCUUACUGUUUGUCGGACCUACAUAGCUAAAAAGAACAGGAAAGGAAUAAAGCGUGAACAAGUCGAGAGCAUAACCAUAAUUCGACAGUCUUUUGACAGUCCUGAUAUGAAAAGUUUUAUGAACCAAUUGGAAACAGACUGCCGUUUAAUGACGGAGAAUGAGAGCAAAAAUCAUUGCAAAUGUUUUUCUUCGGACCUAGGUUUGUAACUAUAAAGUCAAUCAACUAUCUAUUGUUAUAGAUCAGUGCAUGAUAACUUUUUGGAUAAAAAAAAAUUGAAUAAUUUCUUAUAUGGAAAAAAAGCGGAUAAUAAUACAGGGGAUAGUAUUAAGAGAUAGAGAUUUACGUUUGUCUUGUAGAAAGUAAUCAUAAUAACAAAAAGAAAUUUUGACCUUCUUUUCCGACUCUCGUACAUAAAUAGCCUAUCGCAAAAAAAAAUCGGUUCCCAUAGAAACCUGCCGGCCAUCAAUCUAAUCCCGAGAUAUUUCAUCCAAAACAGUAGGCAGAAUUGGAAUACGCCUUCGAAACAUACCGGAGAUUGGUGAAAUGGAGCUACAACACAACGAACUGGGCGCUGGGGGAACGUGGGGUCCUAAUAUUUGCCAGGCUCGUUUCAGAAUCGCCAUAAUUGUACCUUUCAGGGAUAGAGCGGAACAUUUGAAAGUAUUUCUCAAUCACAUGCAUCCUUUCCUUCAACGACAAAAAUUUUAUUAUCGAAUAAUCGUCGUAGAACAAGAAGGUUAUGGAAUUUUCAAUAAAGCGUCUAUGAUGAAUAUUGGUUUUAAGGAGGCAUUACGGAUGGGAAAAUUUGACUGUUUCAUAUUCCAUGAUGUCGAUAUGCUGCCUGAGGAUGACAGAAACUUAUACAUUUGCUCCUCAGCACCUCGUCACGUAGGAAGUCACGUGGAUAAGUGGAAUUACACGUAAGUUCAUUGAUGUAUAAUUAUACAGUGAGUAGAUUUAGAGGCAAUGAAUUGUCUAAUUACCAUGCGUAAAGUCAUUAUUUCGAGGAAAAACGUCGAGUAGCGAUAAUAAAACUCUACGUUUGCGUCUUCUUUUGCAAUAAAGGGUUAAUAAAACGCUUUAAAUAAGUCAACUGCUGUCUAAUAUGAGAAUUUAUAGUGAAUGAAAGUCGAAAUUAUCUUAUGUAGACUUCAUUACAGAGAAAUAAACUUCUGUUUAGAAAGUUUUAUACGAAAUCUUUACAUUUAUUUUUUGGGCAAAGAUUAUAUUUGUAUGGCGUCUAUUUGGGGAAGAAAAACGUGACAUAUAAUUCGGAUUUCAUGAAUCAUAUAGCUUCGGUUACCGAAUAUAAUGCCCAUCGGAAUUUUGUAGGCCUCAUUUUUUUUGCAAUCUGAGGAGCCAAGAAAAUUUCGCUUCCUCGUUUUAUUCAGGCGAAAAAGUAAGGU